AUGGAGGCAGCAGGGCUUGCGAUAGGAAUAGUAAGCAUCGCUGGUCUUUUUAAUACUUGUCUCGAUUCAUUGGCAAGGUUUCAAUCGUACAAGUCUUCCUACGCUGAUUCUCAUAUUCUCGAUACGCGGUUCCUCGCUGUUAGAACAAGAUUUGAGCAAUGGGGCGCCAGUGUAGGAAUAUCGGAGGGACGACUCUUGUCUGAUCACCACCAUGGGCUAAAUGACGAAAACACAGCCAGUGUGAUUCAAGAUAUUCUUCAAAUCAUUUCCAAAACCAUUUGUGACAAUGGGAACACCCAACAGGCUCUACACCACCAUGAGCGGUUUGCCGGUAUCUUACAAUCGAGGCGAAAGAGACUUAGAUGGGCUCUUGGAGGCAAGGAAGAACGUACAGAACAGGUCGAGAUAUUCGAAAAGUUGGUGCAACACCUGCAUGACCUCGUAUCAGUGGACAACAAGGACCACAGGCAUUAUGAAGAGAAAAAGGAGGACGGUUGGUCUGAUAUACGGCAGAUCUUGCUCAACAUGGAGCAAGGAAUGAAGAAUGAGAUGCGACGCGAUAUCUACUCGUGGCUGGGAAUACCCUCUUCCAAUGAUACGUAUCAAGACUCUUUGGAGAAGCGAGUCGAAAACACAUGCAGUUGGAUCUUUGAUCGGCCAGAGUUUGAGAUUUGGCUAUCUCCCGAAAACCCAACAUCUCCAGGUCUGCUCUGGAUCAAUGGCCCCGCAGGAUUCGGCAAAACCGUCCUUUGCGCCCGCAUCGUACAGCAUCUGUCGAAAACGCUCGACUCACCUGUUUCUUACUUCUUCUUUGCAUCCGACCUUGGCACUCGAGAUACUCCCUACCUAGCGUUACGAUCCUGGAUACACCAAGUGGCUGAGGUGCACGAAGAUGCUUUCGAAUGCGUCCGUCGCGCUUGGGAGGCUUUCCCUACCGAAAAAGCUUCGAGGAGGAACUUGAUUGAACUCUUUACCCAGAUUGUCGAUGCUCUACCUGGAUGCACAUUUAUUGCUGAUGGAUUGGAUGAGUGUUCACAGCUUGGAGUUGGCGACUCUUCGCUUGCUCAAUUUCUUUCCGACGUGAUACAAGCAGUCACAGAUAGUACCGCCAGGCUCCUGUUUAUCAGUCGCGAUGAGCCGGAAAUCAGAACAGCUUUGGAAGAAAACGCACCGGAGCUCUUCACAGAGUACAGAAUCAUCCCAGAUGACGUACAAUCAGACACAGCAGCUUUCUCACAGUUCAUAGUGGACAAGAAACUUUCGAACAAGAGUGAAGACAUCAGAGCGGCCAUUUCGGACGCGAUGACAAAAAGAUGUGAAGGCCAAUUCCUGUGGAUCCGCAUGCAAGAAGAAACCCUCAGGAAAGGUAUGAGUAAGAAACGCUUACAUGAGGCGGUGGAGAAUACACCCCCAGGACUCGAUCGUCUUUAUGACCAUAAUUGGAAGAGAAUCCUCGAGAUGUCGCAGUGGGAGCAAGACCGAGUUUUCGCGAUGCUACGCUGGGCUGCGUUUGCGAGGCGCGCUCUCUCAGUGUAUGAAAUCACAGAGGCUGCCAUAAUAACUCAGUUCGAGGAACUAGACCCAGAUGAGUACCCUGACGAAUUUGACAACGACUACAUCAGGACAGAGAUAGUUGGAUUGUGCGGCCCUCUUCUGGAAGUGAAGGAUAUGUUCGUUCACAUACCUCAUUUUUCUGUACGCCAAUACCUUGGACAGCGUCUGCCACUGCCAAGCUGGAUCCAGCACAAUAGCCAGCUGCAGAGUUCGUAUGAAGGGUACCACCACACAGUCAUCGCCAGGGCUUGUCUGCAGUAUUUUAACCAGCCUCAAGUAUGGCAGAAGAUAUAUGAGCACAAUUCAACUGGCAGAAGUCUUCGUUGGUAUGCCACAGGAACAUGGGUCAAGCAUAUCAAGGACGCCUCCUGGGAUGACUCUGUUUGGGAACUCGCUACAGACCUGAUGAGGGAUGAGAACCCCAUCUGGAAGCCCUUUUCUAUCUAUGCGGCCGAAGCCAUGAAUAUGGAAUGCAAAAAGGACGGGGAUACAGAAAGGUACCAACCAUAUCAUCCUCUCGAGUAUGCCUUAAACUACGGAUGGAAAGACAUGGCCCAUCAUCUCAUAAGCGAGACCAAUGCGAAUAUGCUGGGCUCAUAUGGAAGAACGCCCCUGACGCAAGCUUGCAAGGCGAACAUGCCCGAGACAGUGGAGAAGCUCCUACAAGCAGGGGCCGACGUGAGAUUGGGGUCCGAAACACAUACGCCUCUGCACUUAGCAGUCUGGGACGAGUAUGAAGAAAUAGUCAGAAUAUUACUAAACCAUGGAGCGGACCCAUCUGCGCAAGACAAUUCUGGGAGAACACCGCUUCAUGUAGCUUCACUAAAAGGAAACUUGAAGUGCUGCGAACAUCUAAUCAGAAGCGGUGCAGAUUUGACUAAAACAGAAUACCAGGGUAUGACUGCCUUGCAUAUGGCGUGCUGUGAAAUCGGCCAUAGUGAGGUAGCCAGGCUGAUACUGCAAAAUGGACCUGAUGGUAUGGUACUGGAACAGUGCUCCGCCGGCCCCCCACUGCAUUUUGUCUGCCAUACCGGCGAUACCGAGAUGGCGAAAGUCUUGAUUGAUCAUGGCUGCGCCGCAUCAUUUACUGUUGUUAAUCCCAAUGGUGCUACAGCGCUCAUGUUGGCUGCUGUCCAGGGUCACACUGACCUAGUCAAACUGCUCCUAGACCAUGGGGCAAGCACCACACUAUCUACUGCGACAAACAACGGGGGAUUGACACUGCUACAUUUAGCGUGUAUCAUGGAAGACUCAGAAGAGUUGAUGAAAGUGAUACUUCGUCAGGGUGUUGAGGAUUCGAUGUUCAUGGUGGACAACGAGGGGCGUACGCCGCUACACUUUGCAUCAUAUCAUGGAAGAACCAACGCGGUCAAAUCAAUUCUUGAGUACAAACAGGAAAAUAAACGAGCCUUGCUUGAAGCCAAGACCACGGCACUUCACACUCCAUUAUGGCGUGCAGCGCGGAAAGACCACGCGGAAGUUGUCACAGUUCUGUUGGACCAGGGGGCUGCUGAAACUAUCACCGCGACCGAUGUGAAUGGCAAGACUGCAUUGUGGAUUGCAUCAAGGUAUGGCCAUACCAGUACCGUUCGUCAACUGCUCGAUAGGGGGGCUGCAGAAACAAUUGCCGUGGCUUCAGUUGACGGAGAUACACCGUUAUGGGUCGCCUCGAGCUACGGCCAUGCAGAUGUCGUCAGGCUAUUGCUAGACUAUGGCGCCGAAUCUACCAUGGCAGUUGCUGAUGUAAAUGGCGAGACGCCUUUGUACGCUGCGUCGCGUGGGGGUCGUCUUGAGAUUGUCAAGUUGCUCCUCGGCCAUGGAGCUGAGUCAACCAUUGAAUCUGUCGAUGUCCAUUUUGAGACGGCGCUCUACGCUGCCUCAGAUAUUGGUCAUGUGGACAUCGUCAAAGAACUACUAGCUCACGGUGCUAAGGCUACUGUUACAACAAUAACUGCAUUUGGUAAUAGCCCAUUGUAUGCUGCAUGUAAAAGUGGCGAGCUUGAUAUUGUCAAACAACUGCUCGAUCAUGGUGCCGAAGCAACCGUUAUCGUUGCGAACGACAAGGGAAACACACCACUGCAUGAAGCGUUAUACAAAGGUCAUGUUGAGAUGAUAAAUCUGCUAUUCGAACACGGAGCGGAAUUGAGCAUAAGAGCACUGGAUGAGAAUGGUGACUGUCCUCUGUAUGUGGCAGCAACGAGAGGAGAUAUUGGGCCCGUCGAUAAACUACUCGAAUACGGAGCUGAGUCGGAUAUUGCAACUUUGACAUCUGACAACAGAUCAACCAUCUUCGCCGCCGCUGAAAGUGGUAGCUUGGAGGUGUUUCAAAGAUUGCUUGAGUAUCCGGAAGCUGACCUGGCUUUGAUGCUCGUGGACGACUAUAACAAGAGUCUUCUUUUCGCUGCAUCACAGGGAGGUAGCGCCGGAAUUGUACGAGAGCUUCUCGAUCGUGGAGUAGGAGAGCAUAUAUCACUCCCCGCAAAAUCUGGUGACACACCGUUAUCUAUUGCUGCACACAAUAACCAUGUCGAUGUUGUUACACUACUUCUAUCCGUCCCUGAAGUCUCGGUCAACCAUGCUAAUAAUUAUGGUGUCACGCCACUUUUCUCCGCCGCUCGCUUUGGUCACAUCGAAACAGUAAAGAUUCUGCUUUCUAGUCCAGAUAUCGAACUGGACUGUGAAAACUGGAAGUACCUUACACCCUUACACGCUGCAGUAGCAAACGGUCACGUUGAGAUUGCAAAACUCCUCAUUGAACAUGGCGCCACCAUUAUCGCAUGGCCAACAGUAGGUCAAAACUUGCUAUGGUGGGCAGGACGCACGGGAAAACCUGAUAUGGUAGAGUUACUUCAGUCAAUUGGACUGACUGAAGAUUCUCUUGGCCCUUUCAGAUAUUUUCGCAGAGAAGCUCCACCAGACGAUGCUGCGACUGUUGUCUGUGAUAUCUAUCUUGGAUACUGCGAUGUUUGCACCCUGACCGUUGAGAAUGGGAAGGGAUAUGGGUGCAACAAGUGCUGGGAAGAGGUUUGGGAUACGGUCUUGAUUUGUUCAGAGUGCUUUGAUAGAGACUAG